UCGGAAACCAGUUUCCUAUCGAAAGGUCUACCCUAAAAUAUACUCGAUCGUGAAGCAGGUUAUCAUAAUUUGACAACUCUUUCUAGUUUGUUAUUGUUUGGUUUGUUAAGAUGUAAAUAUUUUUUUGUGAUUUGUUUUGUGUGCGUUCUAUUUUUUCUAACAUAUGUACUUUGCACCAUGUCUAAAGACAUCGAGCCGCAAGGAAUAAUUUUUCAAUUAGAAUGGAAGAAGAAAACAGGACACAGCAGUCGCGAUGAAGUCGCCAGUAUUGGAAUAUGGGAUACAGUGGACAAUUCUCUUGACUGGACUACGUUUCGUUCAUAUCUUUGCCAGAACUUGGGUACCAUGGAGGACAUAUCUGUGGCGUACGUGGACAGCGAAGGAGACGAGUUGCCCAUAGAAAGUGAAUGUGAGUUUCAAGAAGCUUUGAAGUACGCCAGGCACAGGGCGCGCAAGGGGCGCGAGAUCGUGCUGAAGCUGGACGGCCAAGGCGUGCCCCUGGGCAAAGGCACGGCGAAGGUGCGGGAGGGCAAGCCCAAGCACGUCCACAAGCCGGCGUCGAAGCCCGGCGCCGCGGAGAGGAUCCGCAGCUCCGUGGCGCAGGCCGGAGCGUUGCGGCCUGACGACAGGAAGGGGAAGGCGCGGAGGCACGCUGCGGGGGAAGACGACGAUCCGGGCCGGCUGAGGAAGGGUCUGCUGGAGGAGAUGGUCGCGCGGCAGGAAGUGUCGCUGAGGAAGCUGCGGUCCGAUUGGGAAGACUCUCCGCCCCAGUGGUUCAAGAAGUACAUGCAGAAGGUGAAGAGCGAGAUAAUCGCGGAGGUGACGACCAACGUGCUGUUCGCCAACAGACAAGUGGUGGAGCUGGUGGAGCGCCGCAUGCAAGAGUACGGCUCCGUGCAGUCCGUCACCAAGAAGCCCAGGAAGAAGAAGAAGAAGAAUGGUUCUGACGAGGACUCUGACUGCCCCCAGGACAGCGACUUGGGGAGCAGCAAGCUGCUGAAGAAGCUGGAGAAGCUACACAAGCAAGAGAAGAAGCUGGACUCGAAGCUGGAGAAGCUGGAGACAAAGACAAAGCGUCGCAUGGAGAAGAAGUGCCUCCAGCCGCCGCUGGAGCGGAAGGCAUCGGCAUCUGCGGUGGCCAAGAAGAAGUGUGGCGGCGUGGGGCCCUACCUCAUGGAUGCCAUCGUCCUGCACGAUGGCCAGCAGGGGGCAGAGUCCCGGGCGCUCGUGGGCACCGCCUUCGCCAAGGUCUGGGAGAUCAUGAACAAUGGGACACUGCCUUGGACGGACAAGACAGAACUGCGUUUGACUUGGGGCACUCCAGGCUUGGAGCCAGAAGAUACUGCUAUAUGUUGCCCAAUAUUGAACCCUGGAGAGAAGGGUCACAUUAGCAUCAACUUUAAACCUCCAGAUGUGGCUGGCACUUUCGAGACAUACUGGCACUUCUAUCACAUGGGAAAGAGGUUCGGGCACUGGCUUUGCUGUGCCGUCGUGGUCGACACCCGAGAUGCUGGUGAGCAGGAUGGCAAAAUGGAAGAAGGAAGGGCGGGGGAAGAGCCCCGGCCCCACACCCCCGUGCCAGGCGCCGGCGAGCUGGCGGUGGCGGUCGCUAGCGUGCAGGUGCCGGAGGGGGAGGGAGGGGACUACGACGACAAUAGCGACAGCCUCACCUUCAUGUCGGACAUGUCGACCGACCUGGCCUCGGAGGAUGACGACAACUUUGUGGUGGUGCCUCUGCCCGCCUGCUUCAAGUGUGACGUUCCGCUCACCGCCGAGGUUAAAGAGAAUGAAGCACAGUCAUCUGAUGAAAGGGAUAAAAAUAGACCUGAUACCAUGUAUCUACAAGACCUGCUCCUUAAUAGCACCCAUCAAAAAACUACAGGAAAUGAUAAUAGUGACAAAAAUAUGACCAAAGAAAAUGGAAUUGAGAAUGAUGAACUAGAGAAAGUCAUUUUGGAUUUUAGUGAUUUCACUCUGAGCAGUAGCACAAAUGACCACUUGGAGUUUGCAGAACUUGAAAGUAAGUUGAAUGGUUUAAAAGGAAAUUCUGCAGACAUACAACCGGCAUCAAUAGCUGAGGGCGAAGCAGCAAUGCCCAGAGGCGGUGAGGGGCAGGCAUCUAGAAGUGACAUGGGUGAUGGCGUGUAUAUGGUCGAUGGCAGUGGCCACUGCACACUGUUGAAGAAGAGCUCUAAACAUUCGGACAGUUCCAGAAACGUUUUCGUCUUCGGCAGUAAUGGAAGACUCCAGAAGAAAAAUGGAGAUGUUGUGCGUUCUUCUGGGAAAGCGAAAGACCAGAAAGUUUACAUUGUCAACAAAGAUGGGAGCUGCUCACUCCUGGAGGAUGAGAAUGGUGGUACGCAGCCUGUCCCAGAAGGUGCCCAGUCUUGUAAUGCGGAUGAAAUGCCCAAAUUCUCUACCAAGGCGCGCAAAAUGUUUCAGUUCAGUCGUGAUGGUAUUACAGAAUAUUUCAGGGAUGGAAAUGACAUGAAAAGUCUUUUCACCUCUUUUGAAGAUAUUAGGAAAAUUCCUUCUUCAGUUGAAGAAAGCAUUCCUCAAGAUGUACCUGAUACCAAACAACCUGAUGGUGCAUGGAAAAUUUCCACAAAAAACGGAACAUCACUCACUUCAAUUACGGCAGAGGGUAGCCCUGAAGAAACCAAAUUGCCUAGGCGCAUAACGCCAACCAGCAGUUAUCUAAGCUAUCCGGUUAGUACUGCUGCAUAUAAUAUGGACAUCAGCCUUGGGAAUGCAUGUAGCAUGGGACCUAGUUUUACAAGCAGCGGUGUUGGCAUUACGACCUCCAGGGAUAACGGUGCUGUUUUCUCGACUGCAAGUGUCACUGAAACUGACUUCAAUGCUUCGAACAACGGCACCGAAAAUGUUCCUGUUGUCAGCAAUGCUAGAGGCGAUUACACACACAACUGCCCUCUCAUGAGAACAUUCAGCAGUGCAGAAGUUGGCCUAGCCCCUGCAGUAAACAACGGAGCCUGCUACGCAGUGCCAGACAUUGGAGUUGGUUUCUCACCCAUUGAAAAUGUUGAAAGUAGUGUGACGAUGCCGGGUAUCACUCCAAUGACCUUCACGACUGCAGGAAACCCUGCUCCUAUUUUCACAGUUCCUGGAGUUGCUUCAACUGUGGUAGGAAACCAAAGAACAGGCUUUUUUCCCUCGGGAAAUGGAGAAACCUACCUGAUAGAUCCCAAGGUAAUGACGAUGCCACCUAUGACACAUCCUCUACCUGUUCCGCCAGGUGAAAUGAGAGGUGUUGACUACUAUGUGGGUCCCAAUAACUACUAUGAACCAUUGGUCUUUGAUGACAGAUUUUUUGCCGCUCCACAAGCGGCCAGAUAUAGCAUGCAGCCGUCCAAUCUGGAUAACAACCCAGUACAGUUGGGGAACUCUGAAAAUUAUUUGGAACCCGUCUGUUGCGGUCCAAACACGCAGCACUUCAGCGCCGAGACCGCAACCACGACCGUCGGCAGUAAGCACGGGGGGCCGACGGUGGAUGUCAACAGCGGAAACCAGUGUCGCUUCGACCCGAACCCUGCUGCCUGUCGUCCGUUUGUUGGACACAUGGCCACUUUUCCUCCCCCACCGCUGCCACCUGCCUACAACUACGUGCCGACGUACCGUCCGUACAACGCUGUGCCGCCCUCACCCUUGCCGAUGGGGAACGGCGCACGUGUCGUCGAGGCAGCGCCGGUCCAGCCGGUAAGGCUGUUCCCGCAGGGGCUUCUGCCUGGGACCAUCAGCACUGCGUCGUCCGUCCUCAGUGGUGUCUCCAACGUGCUGAGGAAUCUUUAUCCUUUUGGGGGCAGGCAUGAUUACGCUGCCGACUAUCAGAACUCGGCGGCUACAGCGACGAACCUGAUGCAUCUCCAGGAGAUGGGGUUCCUGGAUCACGAGAGGAACACAGCCCUUCUCCACCAGCAUGGGAACGACCUCAACAGAGUAGUGACGGAGCUGCUGUCUCAGAGGGAGGCUGGUGAUAGUGAAGUUCUACGGCAGACUUCUAAUAUCUGUCUAGAUUAGACAGGGAAUCAGUUAAUGAAGAUGUGAUUGCUUCAGGGGUGAAAAGUUAGAAGUUGUUUAUUUAAAAAAUAUAUAUAUAAAUGUGAAAACUAAGUAUUAUGUUUUUAUUCAAUAUGCAGUAAUAUUAAUUAUCUAUAUAUUUAAGAUUUACUAUUGAAUAAUUUUUUUUUUUUACUUGUGUACUUAAAAUAUAAUUUUUAAGUUCUUAAUUCAAUUCUUUUUUCCUCCCCAAUUUAUGCUUGUAUUGUGCAUGUCUUCAUUUUAUUGUUAAGCUUAAAUAUUGCUUUAUACUAUAUAUCAAUUUUUUUUUAAAUCAUAAGACCUGUAAAUCUGGAGGUUUUAUGUACAUUGAUUUAACUGUAACAGCAGUUAUAUUUUAUAUUUCAUAAUUAUAUACCAUAUUAAUUUAGGAUAUGGUAAAAACAAAAAAAUUUUUAGGGAAUUGGUGGUGUUAUACAUAUUUAGAAUAUUUCCAUAUGAUUGGCGAAUGAAAUUAUUGAUGCACCACUCCAUUUUCUUCUACCAUUUUACUUUGUGUUUGAUGUGAGACCGUAAAGCAUCAGUGUGAAACUGUUUGAAACUUAGUAUUCUCUCUUUGCUGUAGAUGUUUUCCUCAAUCAUACAUGUGUCUAGUAUUGUUUUUGUGUAAGUGUAUGAAAUGUGUAAUUUUUUUCUAGGUUUUUGUGUUUCGAAAAGAUAUAGAGUUUUGCACUAUAAUGCCAUAAAUUUUAUUUUCCUGCAAAUACAGGUAUGCUCUGGCUAGCAAAGCACUGAAAUGUUCUAAAGAAGACAGUUACAGAAGUUUUUAAAGUGCAUUGAUGCAAUUUGGGCUCAAUUUGGCUUGUAUGGCAGGAAGGAAGCUAGGGAAAAAAGAUCAGUGUUGUUGUUAAGCAGUAUAAUUCUCUUAAAUGCAGAACUGAGUAUGUAUUCAAAACACCCAACUACAUAUUUCAAUAAUUUCCCUCAUAUCUGGCAAGAAGUGUUAAUUUUGAAAUUAACUAAAAUGUUCUGCGACUAAUUUGGUUUUAUUUUCCUCUUCUGUCAAGUAAUAAAUUAGCUUUGGCUUGGUAAUUUUUCCUUUUACUAAACCUUUAUUAUUCUGAAAUAUUUUAUAUAUUUUCCUUACUCAGAGCAGCAUUAGUCCUCAUUGGCAGAAGAUGCUUUAUUUGCCCUGGAGUGUUGGGCAAAGUUGUGUCAAAGAGCUUUACCAGACUCCUGCAACAUUACUCAACUUGGCUGAAUGAUGAUUUUAUGACUGGUCAAGUCUUUAUAUUUUGGUCAUCCCCACAAUAGAUGUUUUCUUUUGGAAUACCUUUUCCUGUUGGUAUUGUUAGUGUGUAUCCUUUUGUUGGAGUUAUUUUUCUGCUUAAGUUGUAUGUGGUAAAAUUUUAAGUUCAUAAAAUUCCAAAAAAUAAAAAAUAAAAUUACAAAAAAAAAACAGUUAGGUACUGAAAAGUAUAUGGUUCUAUAAUCAAGCAGAGAAGAAGUUACUGUGAAUAAAUAAAAAUUUACAUUACAGAAUCGCUGGCAUUGUUAAAAGAUUUUCCAAUUAGGUGUUUUAAAGGUAAUAGAAUCAUCAAAUAUCAGUUAGUAAAAAUACCUAGAUUCAAAUAUGCAAGGUGCAGAAGUUGUGAAAGUGAAGAUGCUAGAUGAAUAUGUGUGGGUGUGUGUGAGUGAGUGAGUGAGUGAGUGAGUGAGUGAGUGAGGUACUCAUAAAGCAGCUCUCACACAAUGCAAGAUGCAAAAAAAAUUUGCAGAUUUUGAAUUAUGAAUUUCAUUAAUUUUACCUGCUCAGCAUGACUUGCUAGCGAUUGAGAUGAAAAACAUGAAUGACAUAGUCCUUUAAAUUGUGCAAGGUUGAGCGAGUUGUCAGGAAAAAGAAAAUUUAGUGAAGCUACAGAUUACUCUGAAAGAGUAAUUCCUUAUUUAUAUACAUAUAUAUAUAUUAAAUAUGUAGUAAUGUAGUUCAGACUUCCAAUAGUACUACUUUUCAAGCACAAAAGAUGCUCAGUUUUUUUAAUACAAAGUUACAAUAGACCAGUAGACAAGUGCAUCAUGAACUUGUACACUGUUGGGACCAUCAAAUACUUGACCUGCAAAGGAGUGUUCUGAAAGAGUGUUAACCUUGCAAAACGUGGGUGCCUCGAUAGUUUGAAAUCCAGGUCUUCGUAUGAGAUACAUCUUGCAUUGUCUGAAACUUGCUAGUUUCAUAAUGUGACUAUUUUCUUUCACUAGAUGUGCUUGUAUGUUUCAUUAUGGAACGAGGUGAGUCAUGGGGACAGUACAUUGUAGAGUUUACUAAGUUUGUGCAUGAGUUUAUUGUACAUAAUUUAUAUUAUUAUAUAUGAGUAAAUUUAAUUGAACUAGCACAGUUUAAACCAUUUUAAUUAGGUAAUUUACUUGUAAUUGUAUAACAUAGGAUAAUUUUAAAUGAAAUGAUUUAUAUUAACCAAUAUCCUUGCAGCAUAGUUACAGUGGGUUGAGCAUGGAACACAUUUUAAUAAUAUUGAGUAGUUUCGAUAAUGUAUUUAAGUUUGAAGCUCUUUUUGGGACAGGGAGGGGAAGAGUAAAGCAUUAUUUAGUAGGUUUUUUUCAUCUUGCUCUUGGUAUUUUCUCUGUAAUGUAACUGUUCUUUUCCCACUUGUAACUGUAUCCAUAUCCCACAUAAAUUGAACUCUCUUCUUGUUGAUUAUAUGUGCUACAUAUUCUGAGAUUUAGAUGGCUAUUGACAUGUGGUUACACUGUAGGUACAAUAAACUUACUUUAAUUUUGUGCAUCAAUUCAUACACCUUGUCUUUGUGUGAGUUUAUUUCAAGCUGUGAAAGUGUCUCAUUAUAGAUAUAAGACAUUAUACUUGUAUUCAGAAUGUAUUGAAUGUUAUUAGUGAUAAAAUCUGUAAUAAAUGGUAAAUAAAGGUAUAUAUAUAAGUAUUGAUCUCAGUUGUCUGCCUCUUUUUAAUGACUGCCCCAUUUAACACUGUUUUGUAUGUGUUGUAAAUGGAGACUGAACUUGUCUCGCACACCAUGCUGAUUUAUUUUUCGUUUUCUCAACGGUACUAUUAUUUAGUGGCUGUUUCUGUAAUUUUAACAUGAUACCUACUGACGACAGUCGUCGUACCCUCCCAGAUGCAAAGGCCGUACCUGGCCACCGACGUGGGCCUGAGGUAGUGUGUUUUCCCCAGUGCAACAUCGGUGAAGUGCGACGGCCAGGGACGCAUCCGCGUGCGCCCUAGCGUGCCAGUGAGCCUUUUUUGUGCAAUAGAUAAUUCUGUGUUUGUAUAUUUUUCCCAAAUGGUCAUGGGACUCAACAAGUAUGUAAAUAAUGUAAUCGUAAUUUAUUAAUUCUGUAAAUUUGCUUUUGAUUAAUGUUUCGUUUAGUUGUGUAAAUAUUCUGUGAUUUUCUCAAGUGUUUCGCCGUGCUAGUAUGUAAUUGCAGCCUGGCACGCCGCGGGGCGGGACCUCUCCCACGUCGGCCGAUUGCUCCUCCCCUCCCCCGCAACCCGCGGGCUCCGGCCCGCUGGCGGGCGGAGAAGGGCAGUCGUGUUCAGGGCUCGAGCAGAGACAGACGUGUACGCCGCUCCGCGCUGCUCGCGAGGCGCGUAUCCUGAGCUCGUGGCCAGUCGUACGUUUAAGUUCACGGAUUGUCGCGGCAGCCGAGCUGCCUCCGCGAGUCGUACAUCCAACUGAGUUUACGAGUCUUUCGAGUUACGUUACCAGUCGAGAGUUCCAGAACGCGGACGCGUAAUUACGGGUCACUGAACCUUCGUCGUCUUUACGAAACAUUACGUAACGGGCCGCGCACGUGUUGCGCUCCUUCGCGGAGUAACCUUAAUCGGGGUCAGUAUUACGUGGGAAAAUUCCCAAUCCAUGUCGGGACGUGUUAACGGACAGUACGGUCUUACGGGAGUCCUGGUCGCCGCGGGAAGGGCGCUUGUUCCGCGACGGUUCCGCCAGGCUGCGGCAGGCUCUAAAAUGACAAUAAAAGAGGUUCGUGAAAUCGUCAA